GUUACUCAUAAAAAAUAGGUAUAUUAGAAAGAAGGGAGAGAACAAUCCUGCGUGUACAACAGAAAACGUAACACAGCAACGGCACCAAAGAAAAAAUGUUUGGUCGUCGAGUCGCGAGUAGCUGUCGUAUUCCGGCUAGCAUGUAUACCAGGCUGCGCAUCAGUUCUCCGCGGCAGGCGAACCGUAUGCUGCCACCGCUCAUCUCUGUCAGCACGCUGGUCGGUCGCAGCGUAAGUGGCGGUGCAAACACCUUCGCUUCUCUGGCUACGGGCAGCGAGUCUGUGCCGAGCGAUCUUGCAUCUCCUUCGAAUCUGCUUUCGCUUCUGAGUAUGUCGCCACAGGCUCUGCUCGGUGUCAUCAACGCCAGUCCGUUACUGCUUCGAACGAUAUCUGAUACAAUGUGCACUUAUAGCGUUUUAGUCCCUCACAGGAAUUUUUAG